GUUGUCCCUCCCCUCCCCUCCCCCUCCCUUUUUCCCCCCUCCCCCCCCCUCCCUCCGCCAUGGCCAGCAACGUGACGAACAAGACGGACCCCCGGUCCAUGAAUUCCCGGGUUUUCAUCGGGAACCUCAACACGCUGGUGGUGAAGAAAAGCGACGUGGAAGCCAUUUUCUCCAAAUACGGCAAAAUCGUCGGCUGCUCCGUCCACAAAGGUUUCGCUUUCGUUCAAUACGUUAACGAACGGAACGCCCGGGCGGCCGUGGCGGGGGAAGACGGGAGGAUGAUCGCCGGGCAGGUCUUGGACAUCAACCUGGCGGCCGAGCCGAAGGUGAACCGGGGCAAAGCGGGGGUGAAGCGCUCGGCGGCCGAGAUGUACGGGUCAGUACCCGCCCCACCUUCUCCAUCCCCCCUCGUCAGAUCCUCCUUCGACCUGGACUACGACUUCCAGCGGGAUUACUACGACAGGAUGUACAGCUACCCCGCCCGCGUGCCCCCUCCCCCGCCCAUCGCCCGGGCCGUCGUCCCGUCCAAGCGGCAGCGCGUCUCCGGCAACACCUCGCGCCGCGGCAAGAGCGGCUUCAACUCCAAGAGCGGCCAGCGCGGCUCCUCCUCCAAAUCCGGCAAAUUGAAAGGCGACGACCUGCAGAGCAUCAAGAAGGAGCUGAGCCAGAUCAAGCAGAAGGUGGACGCGCUGCUGGAGAGCCUGGAGAAGAUCGAGAAGGAGCAGAAGCAGAAGAGCGAGAAGGCGGAGGAGGAGCAGGGGGGCAGCUCGGCCAAGAAGGAGGAGGGGGGCGGCGGAACCAAGGCGGAGGCGGGGGGAGAGGACUCGGCGGAGGAGGGCGACCUGCUGGAUGACGAGGAGGCCGAGGAGCGGGGGGACGAUCAGCUCGAGUCCAUCAAGGGCGACGAGAAGGAGGCGGAGGAGGGGGAGGACGACCGGGACAGCGCCAACGGCGAGGACGAUUCCUAAAGCCGCCCCCCAACAAAACUGAGCCGGGACCCCCCCCCCACCCCACCCCCAAAAAAAAAAAAACAA